GAAGGACAGAAAUCGACAGUCUGGCCCGGAGAAGUCUUCUGCUGCUUUCCCUCGACAAAGGAGCACUAAUGAAAGAAGAAAACAUUUAGGAUGAAAUGAUUAUUUUUACAAGAAUGUGCACGCAGGUCGGUAGGUGGCAGUAUGUAUAACAGAUUGCAGGCAGCAAUUUUGUCGGGAGAGGAAGAAGGAGAAGAAGAAGAAGAAGAAAGAAGAAGAAAGAGAAGAAAGAAAGAAAGAGGCGGCGGCGAAGCGUAUUGGAAAUGUAAGCCGUACCCAUCGUUGUUUUUGCAGUUUGGCUAGUUUUAGGAGGAGCCUCGGGAAAAGAUCGUUUUUGUGUUAAACAUAAUGGAAGACGUCAAAUAACGUCUUAGAAACUGUAAGGUAUGGAUGAUAUCGAAGCGGAACUAAAUAUUUCAGGAUCAGACGUGAAUGACUCUUCGGAGGAUGAGAGAAUUUUGAGGAAGAUUAAGUCUCCCAGUUUGCCCAGUUUGGUACACGUGUCUCCCACUAAUGCACGGUCUAAAGAAAGUGGGUUUCAUAAGUCUACAAGGUUAUGUCUGAAGGCCAUUAGAGAUGCCAUGCUGCACCAUCGCUGGCAAGAUGCUGCACAUUAUUUAGCUGCUUACUCUCAAAUGCUGGAGGAAACGACAGCCCACAAGCAGUCUCUAGCCUGUGAGAUUAUUUGGAGACUAGGCACUGAGGUCCUUCAGCAUCAUCCAAAUUCCCGACUGGAAGAUUUCAAUGCUUUGUAUGAGCGGAUGAAAAACUCUGGAGUGAAAAAUUACGCAAAGAUAUGUUUGGAGCACUCUUUUCAUCUUCUGUUGAAUGGCAACUUUAAUGAUGCCAAACGUCAGCUGUCAGUAGCAGCGAGUUGGAGGUAUGGCAAGCAGUCUGCGAGUCAGUCUAUGGAGUUGAAGCUCAUCCACGCAUACUGCGGUUUUCUAGAUUACUUCAUCUGGUGCACAAAGAAGUCAUCUGGGACCAGCUCAGAUGCUAACACAAGCCGAGAGAUGCACAGCUACUUCCGACAAGCUUCAGUGACCCUGCAGGAAAUUAUCACACAGCCUGGAGUUUGGGACCCUUUUGUAUUGAGUUAUGUUGAUAUGCUAGAAUUCUACAAUGACCAGGAAGGAGCCCUAAAAGUACUGCAGAACUAUGCAUACAACAAGGAUUACCCAUCAAAUCCCAAUGCUCAUGUCUACCUGUACCAGUUUCUUAAGAGGCAUAAAGCACCACCAGCCAAACUUAUCAGUACUCUGAAGGUGCUGCACUGUUUAGUCCCCAGUCAUGAGCUGAUGCUGGAAUACUGCUCUCUGCUACUGAAGUCAGAAGUGGAGGAAGAUAUGCAGGACUGUCUUACUAUUGCUAUGAAUCUCCUUGACUAUCCCAGCUGGAAGUAUGAUCUGAAUGCAUGGAACUGUUUACUGAAGGUUAUGACGGUCCUCAAAAAAAACGGUCUCAAGCAUCUUAUAGACAAAGAAUGGGAAAAAAGGAGAGAUCUUUGGCUGACUAUGCAUUAUAGGAACUGCCAUGGCAAGAAGGAUUCUGAAGAGAAUGCAAAACUUUUGUUUGUCAAAGCCAAAGUGUCCAAAAUUUUUGGUGAACACAAGGCUACAAUAAAUUCACUUCUCAAGUUUUGGGGAUUUUCCACCAGGAAGACAGCGAAAAGAAAAGGAAAAGAAGAAAAAGGAUGUUUGUUUCAGCUCAUGAUUAAGUGUUAGUUACGUUUGCGACAUUUAACAGGAGUUAUAAAAUAUUGAUGAGUAUUUCCCAAUGGGAAGCUCAGAAACCUAGUAGCUGGUAUUUUUUGAUAUUCUGCAUUGUAUACAAUUGAUUUGGCCAGAAUAUGGCCACUAGAGUGUGCUCAUGUUUUAUAUGUAUUUUUUUUUCCACAGAAGUGGAUUCCAAAAAUGUAUGUGACAGAGAUUACACCACUUGUCUUAUUCAUUAAAACAAUGUUUAAAGUACUGCUGUUUUGUAAGGGCCCAUAAUUUAAGUGAACCAGACAAUGCUUGCAUUACUUUAAUAAAUCUGAAAGAACUGUAAUUUUCAACUUUGUGCUCCAAAAAUAUGCAAUUGAGCUCUUGAUUAAAUUUUGUAUGUACUGAUGUAUUUAGUCAACUUAAAUUCUACACAAAGAAUAGAAAACUUGUGAAUAAAUCUGCUCUAGUAAUAGCAUUUAUUAUUUUACCAUGGAUCAGUCAGUCAUUGCACCCGUACUAUCAGGGCAUCAUGUUGUGAUACCCCAGUGAUCAAGGAAAGUCUUGGCUGAAAUUAAACUGAUGCUGAAGUCAAGAUAUCUUUGCUAAAAUAGAACCUAGAUUUUUUAUGAUUAAUAGUCUUGAGAAUUUGGAAAGAACAAAAGAGUUUUAUUUGCUUUGCCCCUGAGGAGCUGUCAUGUUGUCAAUUCUCCCACUUUUGGGCCUCUGCUCCCUUUUAAUGACUCUACAUUACAGUGGACAUUUCACUUAAGUUUAAAACUGUCUAAUGUACUUGAAGGUCAAAAUAUGUCUUUUGUUGAUAAGAGGUUAGCAUCUAUGAUGUGGGUCCUAAACAAUCAAAUAUUAGCUGUGGACAAAUAUCAAUAUCAGAUGUAUGCUGUGUGUACUCAUUUAAAGAUGGUAAUUUUUUCAGAAAUGGUAAUGAGAAAUUUCAUUCUUGCCACUGUUUUGUCUUUGUGUGUGGCAUUAUCAUGGAAUUGCACCAGUUGUGGUUUAUUCAGCCACAUUUUAAUAAACGUGUGCGGAGUGUGCUGUGUGCAAUGGGGGUGGAUAUCAAUGAAGAGCUUGUAAUGGCAUAAACCUUUGAGAUUAACACUACAUGCAUAUUUACAAAUGGUUUGCUACUGUGGGAAUGCCAGCCUCUGUUCAUAGGGAGAAUUCGGUGAUCAUGUAUUUGGUAGGGUUUUUACUAGUGAUAGUUGUUGUCUAGCACUAUUAAAAUAUCCCAAAUAUAAAUAUGAA